AUGAUUAAUGAUGAGGAAAUCGAUGAAUAUCAAAAUAACCAGACCAAGCUACUUUCAGAAGACACUGAAACAACCACGACUCACUUGGGCAGUGAAAUCUUUCAUGGGAAUAACGAACUAUAGUAUGUUUAUAUUAUUAACUAAAAGCAAGCUAGUCAGUAGGUAUAUAUAAGAGAGAAAUAAACAAGAAUGAGUACGAAUGUAAGCGGAGAAAAGAAGGAAUGGAAGUGGAUGAGAAGAAAGAAAGAAACGAAGGAGGCAAAACUAAAGAAAGAAUAAUGAAAGAAUCACAAGAAAUGAAGAAAUGAAACAACUAAAAAAAUUAUCAUAAAAAAAACAAAGAAUAAAAUAAUGAAAGAACGCAGGAAGUAAAUAAUGUGAGGGGGGAAAGAAAGUGAAAACUAAAGAAGGAAGGGAAAAAAGUAAGAAAUUAAGAAAAGAGAGAAAAAAUUAAGAAAGAGAAAAAACAAAGAAUGUAAAAUAAUCACACGAAGAAACGAACAGAAGAAACCAGAACAGAAGAGAUAUUCAAAUUAUUCAGAUAUUCCGUAUAACGUGAACUUAUCCUUCAUUUAGUAAAAAAGUCCAACUUCUGAAUGAAAACAGCGAGAUAAACAAGAAUGACCCACUCAGUCCCAGUACUAAAGUAUCAAAAACUAGCUUAUUUCCCGAAAUUCCGAAACGUUUUAUCAUUCUUGUCCUUGUCACGUUGGCCUACUUUAACAUGUUCUGCAUACGUAUGUGUCUUAACGUGACCAUUGUCGCAAUGACUCAUGGCGAAGGAAAGCAGUAUAAUAGCUCUGGGCCUCAUUUAUCUAGGGACAAGGUGAGUUUUUCUGAUGUUCUAGGCAACCUAUUACUUAUGAGAACAGUUCUGGAUAAGUUGUAAUUGCUAAAUAAUUUUCUAUUUUUUCAGGAACCAGACUUUCAUUGGGAUAAACAAUUUCAAGGUUCGAUAUCUUGUAUUAUUCAAUCAGCAAAUUUAGCCUUAAUUUUGUUUGAAUUUUUAAAAAUACCAGUUAUUACAAUGUGAAAAUGAUGUUAAUUCAUCAGUGUUGUAUAUAGUUGGUCGCAAAUAAAGGUUGACAACCAUCAACUCAUACAGAAGCCCAAUGUGAUGCAAGCUUUUAAAUUUUAUGUCACAGCAUCUAGCUAAUUCUACUCUUUCGUUUGUUAAUACCAAUUUAUAUUAUUAUCGUCCACAGGCACCAUAUUGGCAUCAUUAUACUGGGGUUAUACUGCAUUACAAAUACCAGCUGGACUACUGAGUGUAAAAUACGGCGGCUCUUUCUUACUUGGUAUUGCAAUAUUUGGUUCAUCCGUUCUUUCCCUUCUCACCCCGUUAAUCCUUCGGCAAAAUGUCUACGCACUUCUGUUUUUGCGUAUCAUGGAAGGGGCAUUCUUGGUUAGUAACAAGAGUAUUUUUCUGUGUAUGCCAUGGAUAUAUAUAGCAAUAUGCGUAAUGAAGUUCAUGAAAUUUCGUUUUUAAUAAUUAACAGUUAUUUGCCGAAGGCGAGGUGAUUAUCGGGGAAUAUUCGCCGAGACGAAGUCGAGGUGAAUAUUCCCCGAUAAUUAAUCACCGAGCCUGAGGCGAAUAAUUGUUUUAGUAUUUUUAUACACAAGUCUUUUGUGUUUUUGGGACUGAAUUUAUUUUAAUUUCGCUUAUUUCUUUAUCAGUAACUUCCACAAAACUGCUAGCCGCCAUUUUGAAAAUUUCCGUUUUGUUAUAUUCACCUGUAGGUGAAUAUAACAUCUUAAUAUACGUCAAAUUUGACCAAUCAACGUGUAGGAUUUGUUAUGUGCACUUGUGCAAAAAUACUAAUUGUUUUUAUCAAGGGUUUGGUGAGUGUGGCAGGAAUAUCGUUAAUAACCAAAUGGUCUCCAAUUUACGAGAGAAGCAUUUUUCUGAUGGUAGGACACUCAGGUACUGACACAAUCAUAUUUAACCAGUUUAGUCAUGAAUGUUUUUCUGUAAGUUACUUCCGCUAGGAGGUCACAUUGCCCAAGGACAAAUUGGUUAUCUGUUCUAUGUCAAUAACAAGAUAAAAUGCUCUAAAUUACUGUCUUUACAACAAAAGCGAGGUUCUACAGCAAAUGACUGCACAGAGUGUAUUGUAAUUGCAUAUAAUUAAAUUUAUUUUUCAAACACAAUUUUUUUUUGCUACAGAGUAUAGAAUAUUUUUCCAGAACUGAACUUCGUUACAUAAUUUUUCUAUAGGUAUGCUAUGGGGUACUGUAUUUGCAAAUGCGCUGAGCGGUGUUCUCGCUGGCAGUUCGUGGGGAUGGCCGUCUGUAUUUUUUUACUUUGGUAUGUUUUCAUGUGCCCUGCAAGUGGUUAUUAUGCAACAAAAAUCCUCAUGACCUUUUAUGAUAUUCAUUGUAAAGAGCUACAAUGUUUAAUAUAACACAACAAACCAUUAAACAGUAAGGGGAUUGCCGAUAUCUUGCAGAUGAGUGCUGACAUCUUUCAGGUGAAUGACCCAGCACCAACGUGACCAAGUUUAAUUUGUUAUCACCAAAAAGCUCGUUGAAUUUAAACGCAGCUACAUCAAAUGCUUUUCUGUGAAAAGUAAUUUCUUUAUGGUGUAUCUUUUUUGAGGUGCUCAGGGAAUCCUGUGGUAUUUAUUUUGGUUAUAUUUUGCUUACGAAGAGCCUAGCGACCAUCCAAAUAUUACGAAAGCUGAGCUAGAAGUUAUAGGAAAGCACUGGGAUACAACAGUAUGUAUGGUAUAGUGUAUGUAUAUAUAUGCAUGUGUGUCAGGUAAAUCAUUAACACGAUUUAUAAAAGCUAGUGUGUAAGAAAUGUGUCCUCCAUAUUGGAGGUGAAAAACUAUGUUCGAUUCACUCAUCCUGAAUGUUAUUCAUUCCCGAUAAAACUUGGCACAAACAAUAUAAAAACGUUUCUUUGCAUGAUUUUUGUAGUUUCAGUGCAAAAUUUGUUUCUAAAAAUAUUUUGGCCAUAAAUAAAAGUUUCUUGUCGUCACGUGACCAGUCAUGUAGGAAUGAUCUACGAGUCUGAAAACACGAGACUGACAAACGUCUACUUCACUUUCAGCUGUCGCUCCGUAAUGUUCCAUGGAAACACAUGUUAACCUCGAUAUAUGUCUGGGCGAUCAUUGUGCCUUACUUUACAGACUGUUGGACUACAUAUACAUUUAUGAUGUCGUUCCCUACCUAUCUGAAAGACGUUCAUAACUUAGAUAUUACUACAGUAAGUACUAUAUAAAGACCUAUAAAAAUGUGUUCAAUUUGGUUAUAUAAAUGUGAUCAAUGUCCCAAAGCUUAUACGCCCAAUCAUUUGACUUGAAACGUCAUCAAGAAAGUCACAAAAUAUAAAAGGAAAAGUUGGACUCUGUGAAGGGAAAUCCCAUGUCCCUGCCAUUUUUUAACUCAACUGUCAGUUCCAAAUUUUAUUUUACCCAAGUUUUAGGUCAAUAUUUUCCGCAGUGCAUGUAUAUCAGACAAUUUUUCUUUUAAGAUAAAAAAAUCCACAUAAAUUUGUUUUUUGUUUUUAGAUUGGUUUAGCUAGCUCACUACCUUAUGUCUUGUCUGCUGUUUUGUGUCCUGCCUGGGGAUAUUUUAUAGAUGUUUUACGAAGCAAAAGAUAUAUUAGUACAACAAAUGCGAGAAAAUUUUCCAGUUUUAUAGGUAAGACUUUGGUAUAUGAACGGUUCCAUCGUGUUUUAGUAACGGUUAAGGUAGCUCCCUGCAGUUUGAAAGAUUUUAACUCUCGCUACAAAACAAUAUUUCCCAUUGACGUAAUUACGUUUUUCAGAAAAACUGCUUGUCGACCGUAUUUUAAAUAUGCUUAUUUACGUAAAUUAAAACAUGCAGUUUUACUCCAUUUUAGAAUCGAUAGACCUAUCUCGGAUAAAUAAUGUUAGUAGCUUGGUUUAGUUUAGUUCACUAAUUAUUUAUAAUUACUUUCUUCAACCAGGCGCUGGAGUUAGUGGAAUUUUUGUAGUCGCAGUGGUAUACGUGUCAACAGCCACCUCCGCUAUCGUCAUUGUUACCAUAGCAAUAACCUUGUCGAAUUUUAACACAUCUGGACCUGAAACAAAUAUAGUAGAAUUGGCGCCAAAAUAUUCAUGUGUUUUAAUGGGUAUCGCAAACUUUGCCUGUAAUCUUACCGGAUUUAUUUCGCCCGAGGUUGUCGGAGCAAUUACUGUUCACGGGGUAGGUAGCAAUUUCUCCGCAUGUUCACGGGGUAGGUAGCUUGUGUGGGAUCCAAUUGGUACCACGCUUACAAAUCGAUUACAAGUACUCCAAAAUAGGGCAGCAAGGGUCAUCUUAGGAUAUAGAAAUGAGCAUGGUCAGUCUGAAGCCGCUUUGUCUGAAUUGAAAUUGAAAACGUUAAAAGAACGCAGAUUAAUCUUUAGGGGCAAGUUUAUGUACAAAAUUGCUCAUGCGCAAGCACCACCUGUUUUAACCGAUAUCUUUGAAGACUCAUCUGCUCCUCAACAUAAUUACAAUUUAAGAGACCAUGAUUUCAAGUUUUACUUACCAAAACCAAAAACAGAAUACUUGAAAAAUAGCAUCCGGUAUAGUGGAGCAAAACUCUGGAAUAGCUUACCUUGCGAGUUAAGAAGCGCAAAUUCAUUAAAUCUAUUCAAUUCGUUGAUUUCUGAUACUAGCCUGCAGUCUUAAAUCUAUUAUUAUAUCUUUAUUUAACCAUGAUUUAACUAAUUGUAAAAUUUAAUAUGUAAGUGUAUAACUAUUGUAUAUAUUUUAUCAUCACGCCCCUCUUGGAAAUCAGCAAAUCCUGAAGGGGUUAUAGCGUGUUUAAAUAAAGUUUUAUCUACAUCUUUUUAUCUACAUCCAAUUUUAUACCUGGACGGGAUGAGAGGCGAGAGAAUUUUGAUACAUAUGGAAAUAAGUCACAGUUUUACAUUUUGAAAACAAUGCAUUGUCCGAAGUAUAAUGUCGAUAUGCAUUAUUUCAACAGGAUCGGAUCAACAAUACUUCAGUUCCUUCAUAACUAUAUAAGUAUAUGAAGUGCGAUACAUUUCAAUACAUGAAAAUCAUUCCGCCUUCACGGUUUCACCAUUUCACCCAGUUCCCUUAUAUAUUUUCUUCAUAUAUCUUGACGAUUUCCCAUCCAUUAUGUUCCUUCAUCAGCAACCAUAUAUAUAUCUCUAUCUUAUCAUCAAUACUUUUACGUCUCAGGGAUCUUAUAUAUUCAAUGGUCUCCACCAUGAUCAUUAAUACCUUCUCAAUGAAUUUUUAUGCCAUUUUAAUAAAUAUUUUUCUUUCGCAUUUUCAGGAUAUCCGUCAUCAAUGGUCAAUCGUAUUUUAUAUCACUGCUGGUGUUAACGCACUUGGUAUGACCUUUUAUCUUUGUUUUGGAACUUCAGAAAAACAAGCCUGGGCUGAUCAUUAA